AUGGCACCCAUCAACUUUAAACCUCUAGACAUCCCCGCCGCAACGUCCUUCGACUUCGCAGACUCCUUCGAGGGAACCAACAUACCGAAGCCGCCACCCUCGCCGCCACCACCCGCUCCGAAGGUGAUUGAGAACAAAGCGAAUGCGGCGUUGUCUUCACACCCAACGACUCCAACCAAUGGUGACGUAGAAAUGAAGGACGCGCCCGCUGACGCGUCGACCAUGCCACCCCCCGCAACUACGUCGACGACCACGAAGCUCUCGCCUGCCUCGCCUACAAGUUCACAGGGCAAACGACCCUCGUCCGUGCGGAAACUGCUUUCCCUUCGGUCGUUACGAGAGAAAGAUAGAAACUCACAGGCACUCAAUGGCAGCAAGACAGACUGGAACGAUGCGGCACGGCCGGGUAGCCCCUACGGUGCUCCGAGCAUCACAAGCGAUGGAUCGCGGCUGAGCCUCGCGCGCAAACGAAGCAGUGGCUGGUUCGGCAGCAGGAGGAAGAGUGGCUUCUUUGGCGGCGGGCUGGAUGAGAACUCGCUGCCCGAUGGAGGUGCUGUGCAGCCUGUAGAGAAGAAAGGUCCACCUCCGCCGACAAUACCGGAAUUCAAAGAGUUUGGCAGUAUCAAUGGAGCGUUGAGCGAUGGCAGUUUAGGGGCCGAGGAUAUGUUCAAGCACAUCAAAGGUUGA